AUGGUAAUAACGGUGGCGCAGGACGGAAGUGCCGAUUUCGCGACGGUGCAGGAAGCAAUCGACGCCGUGCCGCUGGGCAACAAAUGCCGUACGGUUAUUCGAUUGACGCCGGGUGUUUACAAGCAGCCGGUGUACGUGCCUAAGACCAAGAACUUCAUAACCCUCGCAGGGUUGCGCCCGGAGGAGACAGUGUUGACGUGGAACAACACCGCCACCCGAAUCGACCACCACCAGGCGUCCAGGAUAAUUGGGACUGGGACUUUUGGUUGUGGAAGUACGAUUGUGGAAGGAGAGGAUUUUAUUGCUGAGAACAUUACUUUCGAGAAUUCAGCUCCCGAGGGUUCGGGACAGGCCGUGGCUAUUAGAGUGACAGCUGAUCGUUGUGCAUUCUAUAAUUGCAGGUUUCUUGGUUGGCAGGAUACCCUGUAUUUGCAUUAUGGGAAGCAAUAUUUGAGAGAUUGCUACAUUGAAGGAAGUGUAGACUUCAUCUUUGGUAACAGCACUGCGCUUUUGGAGCAUUGUCACAUCCACUGCAAAUCCGCUGGAUUUAUAACUGCACAAAGUAGAAAAUCUUCUCAAGAGACAACUGGCUAUGUAUUUUUAAGGUGCGUAAUUACUGGUAAUGGAGGGACACAAUAUACACAUCUUGGACGCCCAUGGGGACCUUUUGGAAGGGUGGUUUUUGCUUACACAUAUAUGGAUGCUUGCAUUAAGCAUGUUGGUUGGAAUAAUUGGGGGAAGACUGAGAACGAAAGAUGUGCUUGCUUUUACGAGUACAAGUGUUUUGGUCCAGGGAGUUGCCCCUCAAAACGGGUGACAUGGGCCAGAGAACUGAUAGACGAAGAAGCUGAACAGUUUGUUUCACAUGGUUUCAUUGACCCAGAUCCAAAUCGGCCAUGGUUGGCACAGAGAAUGGCUGCAAGGAUACCAUAUUCAGCUUAG